AACGUUUUUCACUUAGGAGACACAAGCAACAUCAAGUGUUCUUCCUCUGUACACAACCCUGUUCCUAGUUCAGAGUACCGUCCUUUACCUCGUACACAUAUCAGAGAGAAAAAAAAAAUGGAAGGAGAGGGUUAUUGUGGGAGUUUCUUUCAGAGGUGCAAGCCUUACAUAGCUAUGAUUUCUCUGCAAUUUGGGUUUGCGGGUAUGAACAUAAUCACUAAGGUCUCCCUCAACCGUGGGAUGAGCCACUAUGUGCUUGUGGUUUAUAGACACGCCUUUGCUACUGCGGCUAUUGCUCCUUUUGCUCUUGUUCUUGAGAGGAAAGUGAGGCCCAAGAUUACAUUUCUUAUGUUCAUGCAAAUAUUCGUGUUGGGUCUACUUGGGCCUGUGAUUGAUCAGAACUUAUACUAUGCGGGGUUGAAAUUCACUUCCCCUACCUACUCAUGUGCAAUAAGCAACAUGCUCCCUGCAAUGACGUUUGUGAUGGCUGCUAUUUUCAGAAUGGAAAAGUUGGACAUGAGAAAACUUAGAUGCCAAGCAAAAGUGAUAGGAACUAUAGUAACGGUUGCUGGGGCCAUGUUGAUGACACUGUACAAAGGGCAAGUCAUCAAUUUCUUGGGUUCUCAGUACAUGCAUCACCCCAGAAAUUAUGUUCCAGAAAACACCACUGAUUCUGGGGAAAAGGAUUGGUUUAAGGGCUCUAUUCUUCUCAUAAUUGCCACCCUUGCUUGGGCUUCUUUCUUCAUCCUUCAGGCAGUCACACUAAGGAAAUACCCUGCUCAGCUCUCUCUCACAGCACUUGUGUGUGCCUUAGGUACACUGCAGUCGAUUGCAGUUACCUUUGUCAUGGAACACAAGACAUCUGUUUGGAGCAUUGGCUGGGAUAUGAACCUUCUUGCAGCAGCCUAUGCUGGAAUAAUAUCAUCAGGAAUCACCUACUAUGUUCAAGGGAUUGUCAUGCAAAAGAAAGGGCCUGUUUUUGUAACUGCCUUCAGCCCUUUGAUGAUGAUUAUCGUAGCCAUCAUGGGUGCAUUCAUCCUUGCAGAAAAAAUAUAUCUUGGAGGGGUCAUGGGAGCUAUUCUCAUAGUAAUGGGACUUUACGCAGUUCUGUGGGGAAAAUACAAGGAGAACAAGGAGAAAGAAGCGGAGAUAACCAAUGAGGAGAUGAAGUGUUGUUCAGAAAAUGGGAGGUUGGAGACUGUGGUGGAAGAAGCCGAAGCAAACAACGAUAUCGAGAUGCAAAAGGGUGAAGAAACGUCGAGAGAUUUAAGGGUAGCCAUUGUUGUUCCAAAAGUUUAAAGUGGUAUGGAGGAAUGAAUAAUAGAGGCUGCAAUGAAAAAGGGUCGUUAACUGAGGAGAGCAGAGAAAUUACAAGGGGUUUUUGUUUUGUGUACUCACCAUCUUUUUCGGAAAAUUAACAAGAGUUUUCUUUUUUGGGACCUUCUGUCUGGACCUUACUGUCCAUAAUGUAACUUAAAUUUUGCACACUUUGGUGAAAAGGAAAAUUGACAUUGCAGAA